AGUACUGAGAAAGGCCGUCUGAUGGCUCUCCUCUUUUAGCUCUGCUGUGGAAUUCGCCGAGCUUCACCUCUGAUGUCCAAAAUGCACCGACCUAUCCUGCCUUUCUUCCAUCAAGAAGCCCAAGACAAAGUACAUGUGGUUCCCAGUCACCCAUCCAGGCACUGAUCAGACUCAGACCUGCAGAGCUUCAUCCCAGUGGUGGCCUCAAGUGCCUUUGAUGCCACUGUAGAUGAUGCAGUACUGCGGAAAAAAGAACAGAAAGACGUUGAACUGGAUAAGAAAAUUAUAGCUUUGAAGAAAAAGAAUGAAGCUCUUAUGAGAAGAUAUCACGAAAUAGAAGAGGACAGAAAGCGAGCAGAGCAAGAGGGAAUGGCUGUUACCUCAAGGAGAGCCAGGCCAGAUGGUCUCACCAUCACCAUCACCAAAGCCCAUAAUGAGAAAAGAGUUGUGAGUGAGAAAUGGGGAAGCAGCUGCUCUCCUGCCUCCAGCUUUGGGAUUGGCAGCGAGGAGGAGGAAGAUGAUGAAGAAGCUGAUCACUUGUUUACAUUCAGGAUGGGGAAGAGAGUUCAGUUGGCCGUUACCAUGGACAAUAAAGCCAAGGGAAAGCGGAUUGUCAGUGAAAAACAGGGAUCCGAGUGUCUUGUGAGCCCUGAGGAGGCCCCAGAUAUCAGUAAAGAAGAGAUGGAUCCGUUGGUUGCUUUCCGCAGGGGAAGACAAAUGCAGAUUGCAAUUGCAAUGGACAACAAAGGCAGGGAGAGAGGAAAAUCUCCCCAGAAGAGCCCAGGGGACAAGGGUUAUACCCUGACUGGGAGAGAGCGGUCAGAAUACAUGCGGUGGAAGAAAGAACGAGAUCAGAUUGACCUUGAGCGACUGGCACGCCACAAGAACGCAAGGGGAGAAUGGCGACGGGCUUGGGACACAGAAAAAUCAGAGCGCAUGUUUGAGGAUACUAUGGAUGGCGAACCAGCCUUGGAUUGUCUCCACAAUAAGAAAGGGGGAAGAAAUGCCAGGAAGUCCCAGCACAGUUCAUUGCCUUCUGAAGGAAAAAGUGGAGCUCAGCUCAGAAGGAGCACGAGCGAGUCUACUUCCAGCACCUUGCCAGUAAUGAGCAGUAAAGCCAAAGGGAAGAACAGACUAACAGGCAGAGCCAGAAGGUGGGAUGCCAAGGAAAGUGAAAAAAUGGCCUUUGUAAAGGAUUGGCCUGAUAAUCAGAGAUCCACCAGCAAUGAGCAACUAAAUAACCAAGCUCUGGUUAGUGAAGCAGUCAAGGAACAUAGCUGCCCAGCAGAGUUAGAGAAGAAUAUAAAGCCUCUGGAACACAGUGUUUUCAUGCCACAAGGCAAAAGAGAUAGAAGGAGACCAUCUGCACGUGGAGAACAGGGCACAAAUGAAAAAGCCAAGUGUCUAACCCAGGAUGUGUCUACCACAGACGGUAUGGAUGAGACUGAGGCAGAUCCCACACUCAAUAAGACAAUAAUUGGGGCUGAUUUGUCCCCCAAGCGUAACUAUAUGAACAGCAGCUCUUGCCAGGGAGUGGCUGGGAAUAUGGCGCAAGCUUCUGGGUGUGACCUUCAGGAAAUCAAAUCCACAGUCUAUGAAGAUGGUUUAGACAAAAGUAUACAUUCUAAAAGGAACCCUUGUGGGGAGCACACAGGAAACCUUAGUGAGCUGUUGAUGAAAGCAGAAGGAGGUGGUGAAGACCAACAGCUCUUAAAAGUAGGACAAGGAGGACAGAACCAAAUUACUGGCCUCAAGAAGCAAACAAUCCAUGUGAAAGGAAGUGAUGCCCCUGCCUGCCUUGUUCAAAUGGAGGAGUCCAGGCCUCCAUGCAAAGAAGUGCCAGACAGAACUAAUGAAUCUGUAGAGGAAGGGGCAAAAGUGAGGAAGAAGAAACAAGACCAGUCCCAGUCAUGCAGUAAUGAAACACAGAAUUAAAACAGAACAUACGGGGCUCCCAAGAGGCUGAUGGACAACUUGCUAAAGCAAGGCUGGCUGCAGAAGAAGAUGAGCACAAUCUCCCCCUCUGACACUAUCCUUCAGCACCUGACCUUCAGCCUCCAGAUCCCAGUAACACCACUCAAUGCAAGCAAAGCUUGCCUGCUUGGGAGCCAGUUGUGACCUGAAAUUGUCUAAUUAGUUUUGGCAUCACUCCCCAACAGCACAUCUCUGUGGCAAAGGACAGGGGGGGAUACAUAAAAGCAGCCUCCUGAAGAGAAAGGAAAGAUGAUACUUUUAUUUUGCACCUAACUUGGGCCUCCCCCCCCCGUAUCAUGGGCAUGUGACAAGCCAUGAGUUGCCUAUUGUAUGCACUUUAUUUAAUAACUAAUAUUAUUUAUAAGUUGAGUUUGCUUUGAAGAUAUUUCCCUUCUUUUUCUCCUCUACAGUAGCCAAUGGAUAUACUGCCACAGCAAUUCAGAAGAGGCAACUGUUGACUUAGUAAUAAAAGUGGCUAAGGAGAUAGUAGGUCUAGCAGGCAGGAAGGUUGUAUUGUGGCUUCGUGCAAGUGUGACAGAAUGAUGAGAAGGGACCAGUGGUAGCACAGGUUCUGCACGGUUUAGGGCUACAAGCUCGCAAAGGUUUCUCUAUAUCACUUAUUCUCUUUAAUUUUGAUUAAAGAUUUUGAACCUGUGACUAUCAUUAACUUCCUAGUUUAAUCCAGGAAACAGUACUCCCUUCCCAGGUUUUUUGUUAGAGCAAAUUGAUGGCCAUGCGUAUAUGAAGGGAACAGGCAGAUUAGCAUCAUUCCUGAUAGCAGAAUAUCCAGGCUUCACUCCUUGAGGUGUGUGGAUUUGAUUUGGGUUUCACUCCCAAAUCAAGACAUGGUGAAAGGGGAAAUCAGAUGUGCACAAAUGUUUGUUUGUUCUUUUUAAAUGGUUGUGUUGUAAAUGGUUGUGAUGUUGGAGCAGAGAUGUAUGAAAUUCAAAAAGUAAUAUUGGCAUCUCCUGUGAAAGCACCCAAAGAGUUUUUUGAAUUACAAGUGGAAGUAUUAGAUGGGCCAGACAACAGCAUGAUAUGACCGGGCAAGUUACAUAUCAUUUCAGUCGCUGGUCUGCAGGGUUCCCUGUAUAGGAGAAAUGGUAUUGUAGCGUAAUUCCAUAAAGUAGAACAAGGUUUUGGCAAGGCAUUAUCUUCUCCCUUCAAAGAUAUUGUUGGGGCCACUUACACUUGAGCAUGAGAGGGUUUUCUGAAACAAACCAGCUACAUGUGAGAAAUGGCUAACAGAGAUGACUCCAAGCACCAGCAGCAAAUGCUCUACAUUAUGGACUAGCUCUCUAAAAAAAUAGUGGGCACAGGCCAACAGAGGUUCUGCACUGUUAAGGCUCAUUGAUUCCAAUGGGAAUGUGAAGAGUGUAUUCAGCACUACUCUCCCAUGAAAACAAUGGGACGUGACUCCAGAUCAUUUUUAAGCUGUUCAUAAAUGACCUGGAGUAAGAGGUGAGCAGUGAGGUGGCCAAGUUUGCCAAUGACUCCAAAUUGUUCUGGGUGGUAAAAAUCAAAAAGGGAUUGUGAGGAGUUCUGAAAGGAUCUCUCUGAACUGGGUUGAUGUGCAUUAAAAUGACAAAUGUGGUUCAAUGUAAGCAAGUGUUAAGUGAUGCAUGCAGAUUUGGGGGCAAAAAAAUCCUAACUUCACAUGCUUACUGAUGGGGUCUGAGGUAGAGAUUACUAAUCAGGGGGAAAAAGGAUGUAAGAGUUGUGGUGGAUAGUGCAGUGAAAAUGUUGACCCAGUGUGCAGAGGCUGUGAAAAAGGUGAAUUCUACCAAGGAUCGUUCGGAAAGGGUUUAAAAUAUAAAACUGCCAGUAUUGUAAUGCCUUUAUACAGUUAUGUAAUGUGGGCACACUUGGAAUACUGUACACUGUUUUGGUCACUACAUCUCAAAAAGGAUAUUGUAGAGCUGGAAAAGGUGCAGAAAGGCAGCCAAAUUUAUAAUGUUACUGCAACCCCUCCAAGGAGUAGGGACUUCUUAGUUUGUUUUUUAAAGGAAAGUAAGGGGGGGCAUGAUGACAUUUUAUAAAGUAUGCAUUGUGUACAGAAAGUGGAUAGAAGUUUUUCUCUGUCACAUAAUAGAACUCUGUCAUCCAGUGAAGCAGAAUUAUUUGAGAUACAAGACAGACAAAAAGAAGUACAGCACAUAGUAAAAAUAAGGAAUUUGCUACCACCAGAUAUGGUAAUAGCAGUCACAUUAGAUGGCUUUAAAAGGAGAUUCUUAUCAGAGGAGGCUGUCAGUGGCUACAAGUAAUGAUGGCUGUAUGCUUCCUCCAGGGUUAGAGACAACAUGCCUCCAAAUUGCCAAUUGCUGGGAAACAACAGCAGGAGAGUGCUAUUGUCUUCAUGUCGUCCUUGUGAGCUUUCCAUAGACAUUUGGUUGGCCACUGCAGAAACAGGAUGCUGAACUAGAUGGGCUUUUGGCCUGGUCCAGUAAGACUUUUUCCUCUUACUAUAUAUAUUUUUUCUUUUUAAGGAAGUUUUUAACUUUGGCUGGAUUGCAGAGUGGUCGUUAACUCGGCCAGAUAGGCGACUUAUAAAUAAAAUUUAUUAGUAGUAGUAGUAGUACGUUUUUGUGGACUCUUAAUUUGCUUUCUAGUUUUUCAGUAAAACAUAUACUGCUGGCAGAUUUUUAAAGUCUUUCUCCACAACCAUAAGGACUACAAACGUACAGAGUGGUGUGUGCGUGUGUGUGUACGCAUGCAUGCAGAGUGGGAGGAAUCCAUGAUGAAGCAACCCCCAUAUCCAAAGCUCUUCUAGCUGUGGCCAGGAUGGAAGGUCCCAAUGCUGGCAGAGUUUGGGGUCUAUGUUGGGGGAAUGAGGGGGCUUAGGACCCUGCAAAUCCAUACCCUCCCUGACAUGCCCAAUACACUCUCAGGCGGCCCUGUUUUAGCUCCCACUAUUAGGGGAACAGCGACAGCUGUGGAGUUUUCCACCACCACACUGGGGAGGCCUCUAGUGGCAUACCUCCCUCUCUGCAGAAUCCUGUGGUCCCUCAGCUGCAUUCAGAGAAUAUAGGAUUGCCCUGUCACCUAACAAAUAAAACUGAGUUCUCCAGAAUUUAUUCUGAGUAGGCUAGCUAUGAAAAACAUGCCUGAUGUGGAAUGGUUUUCUUGUUAACCUUUUAUUAGAACGUUAUGUAUGUGACAGAGAAGCAGGAACAGUUUUAGAGGACUUAGUGGCAGUUGGGGCAUGGAGGAAGUAGGUACCAGGCAAAUGCACUAUGGCUGAUGGCUAAUUUUGAGGAGUUAUUUAAUUCAGUGAUUACUGCAGGCCUAUUCUGACAACCCUCUCUAGUGUCUUCAGCUCCAGUUGACACACAUCGCAAAAGCUGAUGCUACAUAGAACUCCAUGCAGAUUUGCUUUAUUUUUGCCCGGGCCUGAUGAACAGCUUUUCUAGAAUGGUUAAAAUAUGUAUCCCUACCAUACCAAGUCCCUUGAGUGAGUCAGCUUGCCCACAACCACCUCAAUGUGUGGAAGCUGGGCCUACCCUUAGCACAGGCACAACUACCAGACCACAGAGCACCUUGAGAAUAGGUUUUUAC